AUGGCUGCGUCCCCCACACCUGACCACACAACUGAGAGAAGAAACGGGAGUUUAGUGCCUUGUGGACUUGGAGAAUUUGGAUUAGGUGACUGGAAGCAGAUCAUCACCCUGGCCAUCGCCCUGGUUGGGCUGGUGGGGAACAGCAUCAUCCUGUGGCUCCUGGGCUUCCGCAUCCAGAGGAGCCCCUUCUCUGUCUACAUCCUCAACCUGGCCGGGGCUGACGCCCUUUUCCUCUGCGGCCUCUUUGGGGUCUACUUGAAGCGAUUUAUUGGCUAUUUUAAUGAUGUCACAGACCAGGUAGUGAUCACUUUCACGUUCCUCUUCUACCACUUGGGCCUGAGCCUGCUGGCGGCGAUCAGCACCGAGCGCUGUCUCUCUGUGCUCUUCCCCAUCUGGUACAAAUGUCACCGGCCCAAGCACGCGUCUGCGGCUGUGUGCGCUGCCCUGUGGGCUCUGGCGGGACUUUUCUGCGUGACAUACUGGGUUCUUUGUAUUUAUACGUGCGAUUCCCCCCACUGUCUUCCCUUCACCAUUACCCUGUUCGUGUGGUUCAUCCUCCUCACCCCAGUGUUGUGUGCUUCCAGCCUGAUCCUGGUGCUGAGGGUCCAGUGCGGCUCCCAGCGCCAGCAACCCCCCAGGUUCUACCUCCUGGUCCUGCUCACCGUCCUCGUGUUCCUGCUCUGCGGAGUGCCUGCGGGGAUUGUAGAUUUCCUAUAUACGUUCGCUGGCUUAGAUCUCAGGUAUCACGUGUUCUCUCUGCUCCUGGCUUCUGUGAACAGCAGCGCGAACCCUUUCAUCUACUUCUUCCUGGGAAGCCAAAGGCGAAGAGGGAGGGAGCCCCUUAGAGUGGUCCUCCAGAGGGCCCUGGGGGACCCGCAGGAAUUCGAAAGUAGGGUGAGGGACACUCUUCACCCCAACACCACAGAGGUCUCCUCUCAAGGCUGA